AUGUCUUGCAGCCAAGAAAACCUAAAUAAUGAUCCAUACAGAUAGCAAUAUUCUAUUUUUGAGAAUUAUCAUUGCUAACAGUCUAGAAAUUCAAUUUAAAAUCGAAUUCAAGUCAAGAGAAGAGCAAACGAGAUUUAAUAAGAUUAUAGUUCUGAGGAAUUCCCUUACAAUAUUGAGGAGGAUUUAGAUGAAAACAUUUAUUCAAAUCAAAUUGCUGAUUUCGAUAUAAUUUACGACUUCAAAUAAAAUUCUAAUACAAGCAUAUUUCGAUAAUAAAUUAACUAGCAAAUCCCAAAAGCAAGUGAAAAUUUAAUAGAUCCCUUAAAUCAUACAAGAAAAAAGAGGGUCAAUUAAUUGCCGGUUCAAAUUUUAGAGUAGUCUUAGCAUAUUAAAAUAAAUUGCUCAAAUAUAGGAACUGAGGUUAUUAAAUAAGAAAUUGGACGUAACCAAGCUGAGAAUGACGAGAUCAGAGAGUAGUAUAUCAAUAAUAUUAUUUCUAACGCAAAUUUCAUGAAUGCAACGAAAUCAACUGAUAUUGGUCUUACUAAUACUAGAGCGAUUUUGAAAUUACCAUUACAACUCUAAAAUCUGAGCUUAAGUUAAGAAAACUAAAUUACUAAAAAUUAAAGGCUCUAAGCUAAAAUGUCUUGCUAGAUAGAAUUAAGUUCUGAAUUGGAAAUAUCGGAAGAGUAAAGCUAGUCUGAGUAAAAUGUAGUAGCAGUAUUUAGACAAGAAGCAAUUGAAAGCAUGAUCCUUAUUCUUCUGCAUAAUAAAAAUUAAAAUAUCCAUACACUUCUGAUGGCUGUUAACCUUCUGGACUAAUUAUUAUUAGAUGUUGGCAUUUAUUCGAUGAUUCUAGAUGAUCUUGAAAUAAUAAUGGAAAUCGCUAAAUGCUGUUUAGUGAUAAGCUCAAAGUACUGGGAUGUCAGCUAUCUCAAUUAUAAGCAAGUAUCUAUAUGUAAUCUUUACUAAAGAUUCUCGAUUGAUGACUACUUAGCAUUAGAAAAGAAAUUGCUCUUGUGCAUUUAAUUCAAGAUUAGCCAUAUUGAUAUUUACCAGCAAGCUAUUUAGUACUUAUAAACUAUUGACGAUUUUAAUAUUGAGAAUUAAGUGAUCAAUGAAAAUUUGAUGAAAGACAUGCGCGAUAAACUUCGUCAAUUUUCUAUCUCAUACUAUAUUAAUAAAGAGUAGUUUUGCUUAAUUGAAUGA